AUAGUGCAACAAAUUAAAUAUUCCCUAAAUAUCUGUUUUAAAAAAUACUGUAAAGCUCUAAUCUCUGGAAAAUAACCAUUCUUGGGAACUAUUGCCUGAUUUGAUUUUUCUAUCAGCUGCUAUUUUUCUUUUUGGUGCAUGCCAAUUUCUACCUCAUACCAAAGCCACAGAAAAAAGGAAGGACCCUGACCUUUAAUCCUGUUUUGCAGUGGAUUUAAGAAGAAACAAUUGCAACAGGCUGGAAUUAACUAAUGGAAAAACUCCUGAAAACCGAAUUGAAGACCUCCAUUCUGAAGGCAUUUGGGAGCUCAGGAGGAGGGUAUAUUAGCCAAGGGCAGAGCUAUGAAACUGACAGCGGGCGAGUGUUUGUGAAAAUCAAUCACAAGCCUCAGGCUAGAAAAAUGUUUGAAGGUGAAAUGGCAAGUUUAGAGGCUAUUCAGAAAACCAACACCUUAAGAGUACCACAGCCCAUUAAAGUGAUUGACCUUCCAGGAGAGGGUGCAAUGUUUGUCAUAGAGUACCUGAAGAUGAAGAACCUCAGCAAAUAUUCUGCAAAGCUUGGAGAGCAGGUAGCAGAUCUUCACCUUUACAACCAGAAAUGUGGAGGGAAAUUAAAGAAGGAGGAAAACAGUGUUGGUGCAGGACGUUCUGAACCUCAGUAUGUGGAUAAGUUUGGAUUUCAUACAGUCACAUGUUGUGGCUAUAUACAGCAGGUGAAUGAAUGGCAAAGUGAUUGGCCUACUUUUUUUGUACGUCACCGACUCCAAGCUCAAAUGGAUUUGAUUGAGAGAGAUUAUGGAGACCGAGAAGCAAGAGACUUGUGGUCACAGCUUAAGCUGAAGGUUCCUGAGAUGUUCUGCGGUGUGGAGAUUGUUCCUGCUCUUCUUCAUGGGGAUUUGUGGGCAGGAAACGUCGCAGAGGAUGAAUUUGGCCCAAUUGUCUUUGAUCCUGCUUCUUUCUACGGCCAUUCUGAAUUUGAAUUGGCGAUUUCUGGGAUGUUUGGUGGCUUUAACAGUUCUUUUUUCUCUGCCUACCACAGUAAAAUCCCCAAAGCUCCAGGUUUUGAGAAACGAAACAAGUUGUAUCAGCUCUUUAAUUACAUAAACCACUGGAACCAUUUUGGGACAGAGUACAGGGGAUCUACUUUAACUGUAAUGAGAAGGUUAUUAAAAUGAAUGUUUAGAGGUUGUUCCUCAAAACAAUCUAUCACAGAUUCUUGCUAAUUCAUAUUGCCUACUUGUUGAUAGCAACACAAGCUAGGAAGAGUGAAACAUGGAUAAGAAACCCACAUGGUAGGCAGCUGUAAAAGGCAAGGGGGCUUUUGUACACAUUCGAGCCCAUUAAAUGCUUGCAGUGGUUGUGUAGUUUUUGCAUCAUAUACUAGUUUACUAGCACAUAUCCACACUGGUGAGUUAGGAGAUUGUGUAAAAUCUUAUCUAGUUGGUAUAAACAAUGAGAAGUCCUGUGGCACCUUACAGACUAACAGAUUUAUUGGAGCGUACGCUUUUGUAGGCAAAGAUUCACAUUCAUCACUUUCAUCCAGUUGGUGAAAUCUCUACAUUGAAAAACAGUCCAGUUGAUAGUCUAAUCUCAUUCUCAAUUGGAUAACCCACUUUUUCCCCCUCUCUUUGAUACAGCCUGUCUCCGACUUACGAACCAGUUACAGACCAAGCAAUUGGUCGUAACUCGGUUUGUUGGUAAGUUGGACCCCAUUGAGUUACACGCGACCGUGUUGUUUGUAAGCGCAGAUCGCGUUCGUAACUCAGGGUCCACCAUUUACGACAUUUUUGGUUGUAACUGCGAACGGUCAUAAGUCAACUGUUCGCAAUUUGGGGACCGGCUGUAUUUGCCCUUCCUGCCCCUGCUGCUAUACGACUCUUAUUAUGGGGUGGUGGUAUUGGAAGUAAUCCUUUUCCCUUGACUUUUCUUCUGCUGCUCAAUUAUCCUCUGUUCCACUCUAUCCAUCUCCUAAGGAUCAACUUCAACAUCUGUUGAAGUCAGGGGGAAACUGUUAGCCUUGAGGGUACUGAACUGUAUCCUAAUACAUUUACAUAGUGCAGGCUAUGAGUUAGUACUUCUUACACUUACUUUAAGUUAAAAAUGUUUGUUCUAAAUAUUUAUGAUUCUCCUUUUCACAGGAAAAAGGCAGUCCAAUGGAUAACCCUUAAAAGAUAACCCUCUAGACCUACUGGCGAAUGAAAUACAUGGUUAAAAAAUGGAUUGUCAUUACAUAACAUGCAGAUAAAAUAUUUUUAAACUGCCUUUUAUAAACAUACCAAAAACGUCCCUUCAAUGUAGCAGGCAGGCUUAGCUAUGUGAGAAGAAGAAAUCAGCAAGGCCAGAAACUAUGCUGCUGGGUACUCUAUGCAUACAAGCUUUAUAGAAUUAAUUAUAAUAUAUAAUAGGGGAAACUAGCCUAUUCCAUCAUCACUGAUUUAGUAAAAUUUCACACUGUCAAAACAAUGAGGUCCAAAGUUUAAUAGUUUUAUACCUGUUUUCAGAGUCCCUGUGGAGCACCACUAACAAGCUGGAUGUUUUUUCAGAUUUAUAAGCACCAGCGUUGUUUAUUAAGUCCCCUCUAACAGUUCACCAGUAUAUCCUUGUGCAGUAACAUUCAUGUGAAUAGAAACUUCCCCCUUAGCCUGCUUUCUAGGGAGGGAGGAGGAAACACCUCUUGAUUCUGAAUUCUGUCUGUCUCCUCCCAGUGCAGCACUUCCUCUUCAGCUAUUCCCUACUGGGUAUGGGUUGUCUUCAGUAGCUCAGCAGCCUCCUGCCUAAUUAACCACCAUCAUCUCCUGAAUAAAUCCCCUCCAGGGGGAAUAACUAGUACCAUAGUUACCAGAGUGCUUGGUCAGCCCUGGGCUCUUAGCACUCUUUCAAGUUUUAAAAAGAAGUGCUUGUUCUCUGUAUUAAAAACAACAACAAAACAGAUGUAAUAUUAGCUGCCCAGAAUUUUGAGCAACUAUACAACAAACCUAAUUACUCUUUUCAUGCAAGAAAAUAAGUGAUAAGUAAAGAAAGCAGUUAUAAUUACAAUUCCACAAACAUAUCCAUUAAUAAGAAUGUGUAUGGGAAGAAUCAUGCUUGUAAUUCUAUGUGUUCAGAGCUUGACCAAUUAGUAAUACAGGCAGUCUCCGGGUUAUGUACAAGAUAGGGACUGUAGGUGUGUUCUUAAGUUGAAUUUGUAGGUAAGUCGGA